AUCAAGGUGGGGUUUUACAUUAUGAAAAAUUAGAGCCUUGUGAAAUAAUGUGCCGUUAUCUUAUAGGAGAUGUUAGGCUUGAUGCUAAAAUUGUCCCAGAUGACUAUCAAAAGCCUACUAUGAUACAAAUCAUAGGAAGAUUUUCUAAUAUUUUUGACUUUGAAUUAUCAAAUUUACGGAUAGUUUAUGAAGGUUUAACCAAUAAAAAAGAUAUUUUUCUGUAUUAUCCUCUUAGCGCUCAAGAUAGGGAACGAGCCCAUAAAGAUUUUAUAUUAGAUACAGAUGUUUGUAAAAAGUAUGAAAAUUAUGUAUAUGAGAUUAGCAACAAGCAUUAUGCUUAUUGUGCUGCAAAAAUG